GAAGACUGUGCUAUGGUCAUCAGCUUCAUCUGGAAGAUCCUUCAGGAGAAGGACGAACAGUGGCGGCGCAUCGCCAAAACCUUGGCCUUACUCGAGGUCAUCCUGACUUGCGGCAGUGAGAAUGCAUUCCAGGAGAUUCGAAGAGACCAGUGGAGAAUUCAGCAGUGGGAAGACUUCCGCUUCUUGGAGGAAGGCACAGACGUUGGAGCCGGCAUCCGAUCGAAGGCUUCCGAGGUCUUGCAGAUGCUGGCAGAUGAGGAAGUCACGUCCUUCCGAGCAUGGCUUGAGCAGAGGCCUCCGCUGCUGCGCUUCGGAGCAUGGGAGCAGAAAGCCUGGGACUUUCCCCUGUCGCGACCAGAGAAGCAGGACCUGGUUAUUUUGAACCUCACCUCCGAGUUGGACAAGGCUCACAGAAGCUUGGAAGACCAGGAGCUGCAGGAGGAUUACUCCCCAAGGGAUGCAUCCUCCACCUCGACGCUGGACACCUCGGUGCAG